ACAAACCAUCUCAUGGUCAGACGUCAAUCAAAGGAUUUACAAAAUUGACAACGUUUCUGAUAUUUGGUGAAAGUUUCCGAAUUUUCUUCCAUAAAACGGUGUUGGAUAGUGAAAGGAAGUGCGAAUUCGUCCCUCGGUAGAGUUGAAGAUAUUUUCCUAUCUCCGAAGUUAUCGUUAACAGUGCUAAGAUGGAGGCAUCGGGGGCUCCUCCAAAACAGAAACGACGAAAGCAUAAAUCGAAACCGCAACAGAAACCAGUGCUGGAAGUGAUUGCUCAGCAACCGAUAUCGCUGCCGCCUACUGUUCAAAUCCAAACUAAGCCUGAGGAUAAGGAAAACAUUCAGCAAGCUACUGAGUUAACUCGCCAACCGAGCAAGCGAAAUCGUAAAAGAAACAAGGCUAAGAAACUUGUACAAGGUUCACAAGAAGACCCGAUUCCGUUAGAUAAUAACACUGCCGAGUCGAAGCAAAAUAGUUUGAAAGGUAAAAUAAUAGUUGGGAACGAAAAUAAGAUUCAACCGGAUGUCAAUAACAAAGUUGUAGGUACAAAAGCAGCGGAGAGAACAUUAGAACAAAUCUCACCUGUUAAAACUACAACUAUAUUCACGAAUAAGAAUCUUACAAUAAAAGACAUCCAGCUAGACGAUAUUUUCCCGACCUCUGCGAUUUAUUCGUUCGAAUGUGAGAUUCCUAGACGGCUAAACAAGGUACAACCUGUAGAAGGCUUCAAAACUCACGAACCGGUGAAAAGUAUCCCUGGAAUAGUCGAUAUUACUCCCGAGGAAGUUUUCCCAAGCAAUAAGAAACCAGAUAAAGCUCUCGCUGAGACAACGAUGGAUCCACCCAAAGUUGAAAAAUCUCGAGAAGAGAUAAUGGCUGAACGAGAAGCGAAGAAGGCUGCAAAAGCAGCUGCCAAGGUUAAGAACAAAGAUAAACCGAAGAGUUCCAAAGACGAAUCUGCACCACUGCAAAAGUCCGGCACUGAUUCCAGCAUUGCGGAACAGCUCGAAAAAUUACAUAUCUCCGAGAAGCCAGCAACAAAGCCGAGCGCGGCGACCGCACCAACACCGAAACAGACGUCGGUUCAGCCGUUCCAAGGCGCUAAACAGCUGAGCAAAGCGGAACGCAAGGCUCUAUUCGAGGCACAAAAUCCCAAUCUGGCAGCAGUACCAAAGGUGGCGGAACAGAAACCAACGACGAAAUCGGCAACAACAAAAGCCGAGAGACGAGCCCUUCAGGAAGCCCAACGUGCGUCUAAAGCUGAAGCCCAAUUGAAAAAGGCAUCUCAAGCAGCUAAUGUUCCUAGAGAGUCUUCCAAAACUACGCCCAUCCAGAAGAAGGAAGUCACUCCAAUGCGACAAGUCAAAAAGCCUAUCAAAACCGGUUCCCCCCAGCAACCACACAUGGUUAAACUGUUCAACCAUCUGUACACGGAGAAAUUUGCGGCUGCCAACAUAGUCAAUUCAACGCAGAUACAUCCUGCCUUUACGAAAUUAGGACUUCAAUACGCCGAAGGCAUCAUGGCCGGCUCCAAGGCACGUUGUCUGGCCUUCCUGAGAGCUCUGACGUAUAUUAUUCAAGACUAUGAAACACCCCCGGAAAAGGAGUUUUCUCGAGGUUUCGAAGAAGCAUUGAAUCCAAACAUUACGUUCUUGCAGAAAUGCCGCCCAUUUUCGGUAUCGAUGACGAAUGCUCUCAAGUACAUUAAAAUGUACGCGCGGCAGUUGAAUGCGAAGGACUCGGACUCGGAUCAAAAAGAGUACCUCCUCGAAGCCAUCGAAACGUACAUCCGGGAUCAGAUCGAGAAGGCGGAGGAAGCGAUAAGUAUUUCCGUGCAAGAGAAAAUCUACAACGGAGACGUCAUCCUAACCUACGGAUGCUCCUCGCUUAUCAUGCACAUACUGGAGGAGGCCAACCGACGGGAGAAGAACUUCCGCGUUGUGAUCGUAGAUUCGCGACCCCGUGAACAGGAGCAUGAAAUGCUGCGCCAACUGGUAGCGCAAGGAAUCGACUGCACCUGUGUGCUGAUUAACGCCAUCAGCUACGUGAUUCCGGAAGUCACGAAGGUACUACUCAGCGCUCACGCCCUGCUCGCCAAUGGGUGCGUUAUGUCCCGCGUUGGAACCGCCCAAAUAGCGCUGGUCGCAAAAUCUUACAACGUCCCGGUGUUGGUUUGCUGCGAGACGCACAAGUUUAGCGAGCGUGUCCAAACGGAUGCGUUCGUGUAUAAUGAGAUCGGCAAUCCUAAUGAUCUGAUUCUGGACUCGGGCACACGGGAAAAUAGAACGCACAAUCCUCUGGCCGGAUGGGAAACGAUAAGCAAUCUGACACCGCUGAGUUUGCACUACGACGUGACUCCACCCGAGCUGGUGACAGCCGUCGUCACGGAGGUUGCCAUUUUGCCGUGCACCAGUGUUCCUGUAAUCUUGCGUAUCAAACCCUCCGAGGUUGGUUACUAGAGACGAGCAGCUAAGAUAUCCAUUUGGCAUGAGUGUAUCGAUUUAUUUUACCACACUGAUCAUUUAAAAACAAGCGCUUGUACUGUUUAUUUCGAGGAAAUAAACGAAAAUUAAUGCA